GAGUGCUCAGUCUCGCCGUGGUCUCGCGGAGGUCGGAGUCAAAGUCGGAGUGACAAUCGCGUGAAUCGCAUCUCGUUUUACCGCAUUUUUUCGUUUUUUUUUUUCGCGCGUUCGCAAUGGCAGCGACCGAGGAGCUCAGCGGAAUCCUCAUGAGGAGGCAGGAAAUUAACGAUAAGCUGGAAGAGGGUGCCGAGAUCAAGCCGAAAUACAAAUUCGUGAACGUCUACACCGAGUUCCACGAGUUUUCAAGAAAGGAAAUAAAACAAUACGAGUUGACCUUCAAUAAGUUCGAUGAAGGCCACGAUGGGUUCCUGGACCUGAACGAGGUGAAGCGCAUGAUGGAGCGUCUGGGCGCACCGCAGACACACCUGGGGCUGAAGGCCAUGAUAGCUGAAGUGGACGAGGAUGGUGACAACAAGAUCAGCUUCAGAGAAUUCCUACUUAUCUAUAGGAAAGCGCGCGCAGGCGAGCUAGAAUCCGACUCCGGUCUAGACGCCCUGGCGCGUCUCACAGAAAUCAAUGUCGACCAAGUCGGAGUGAACGGGGCCAAAAACUUCUUCGAGGCCAAAAUAGAGGAGCUCGCCAAGUCCAACAAAUUCCACGACGAAAUCAUCCAAGAACAGGAGGAGAAGCGACGAGAAGCGGAAGAGAAGGCCAUGAGAAGGCAAAGAUUUAAGGAAAAAUCCGCCAUUUUUCAACAAUGAUACAGUUUAGGUUUAUACUAUUGUUCUAGUCUUAGCUGUUACCAUGGCUUUAGGGAAAAUGUAUAGUGCCCGCGUUUGUCGCAAGUCGCUUAUCGGCUGACUAAUAUAAUUUGUAAUGGUUGAAUGUCUCACGAAACAACAGUAAAACCACAUAAUCUGUCCACUGGUGAACAGUGAACUUAUUUUUAUGAGAUCGAGGGCGAGGCGAGGGUGAGUGCGAAGUCACAAUAAAAUACUAUGAACAUAUACAUAGAUCGCACUUUCCCCCAAAUCCUUGGUUACAGCGGAGUUUAAGCCGAAAGGCAUGAAAUGUGGUUGUAGAAAACGGUUGGCAUCAAUCUCAUUAGACAUUUUGUUCACUCACAAGCCAGAUACACCUAGAAAGAAACGUACAAAAUAGAAAAUCUGGAAGAGUCUUACAGUUCUGUUAGCGUUACAUUAUGUCUAGAUCUAGAAUAUUAUGUAUUGUCUAUCUACAUCUCGUGCCUAUGUAAAACAUGCUCAAAGGUUCUAAUUUUACUUCUCUAUCUAUCUAUAUAUAUCUAUUACUAUUAAAACGGAUCUCUGUAUUGUAUGGAACAUUAUGAAAACUGUUAAUAAAAUUAACAGCUUAAAAAUUACUAAAAUUUACUGUAUUACCGAAUGUUAUCAGUUUUAUACAAAAUUCUUGUUUUAAAUAUUUAACAGUUUACAAUGUUUAUCGUAGUAUAACAAAAAUAUAUAAUUAUUACUAUCACACAAAACUAGGUUUUUAAAAUGCGUGUAGAAAACACGUUUAACAGAUAAUGGUUUAUUUUUAAGUUAAGGAAUAUAAAUUUUUAUCAAUGUGCCUAAAAUAAUUAACUAAGUAUAUUGUAAGUUUAUCGCUAUAUUAUUAUGUUACGAAAUAAAUCUUUAAACUUGUGUUUU